GUGGCCAAGGACAGCAAGAUCCUGUGCAACAACUGCACCACUCGGGAGGAUUCCCCCAAGUGCAAGGGGUGCUUCAAGGCCAUUGUGGCAGGAGAUCAAAAUGUGGAGUACAAGGGGUCCGUCUGGCACAAAGACUGCUUCACCUGCAGCAACUGCAAGCAAGUCAUUGGAACUGGAAGCUUCUUCCCGAAAGGGGAGAACUUCUACUGCGUGACUUGCCAUGAGACCAAGUUUGCCAAGCAUUGUGUGAAGUGCAACAAGGCCAUCACAUCUGGAGGAAUCACUUACCAGGAUCAGCCCUGGCAUGCCGAUUGCUUUGUGUGUGUUACCUGCUCUAAGAAGCUGGCUGGGCAGCGUUUCACCGCUGUGGAGGACCAGUAUUACUGCGUGGAUUGCUACAAGAACUUUGUGGCCAAGAAGUGUGCUGGAUGCAAGAACCCCAUCACUGGGUUUGGUAAAGGCUUCAGUGUGGUGGCCUAUGAAGGACAAUCCUGGCACGACUACUGCUUCCACUGCAAAAAAUGCUCCGUGAAUCUAGCCAACAAGCGAUUUGUUUUCCAUGAGGAGCAAGUGUAUUGCCCUGACUGUGCCAAAAAGCUGUAAACUGACAGGGGCUCCUGUCCUGUAAAAUGGCAUUUCAGUCUUGUUCUCUGUGUCCUUAUUCUCUGCCCUAUACCAUCUAUAGGGGAAAAGUGGUCUUUUACCUCUUUAAAGUUGCUCCUUCUGUCUUUUCUCCCAUUUUACAGUAUUACUUAAAUAAGGGCACACAGUUGAUCAUACUAGGAUUUAGCAAAAAGCAACCCUGCAGCAAAGUUAAUUUCUCUCCAGCUGCAGUUAAAAAACGAAAACUUAGAUAGAUUGACUCUUCUGCAUGUUUCUUAUAGAGCAGAAAAGUGCUAACCAUUUAGCCACUUAGUGAUGUAACCAAGAAGCAUAAGAGAUAAAGCCCCCACUGAGAUGCCUUUCAUGGCUCAGCUGGGACCCACUGUGUAGUCACACGACACGCAAGAGUUGCAGCGGCUGCUCCAACUCACUGUUCACCCUCUUCUGUGAGCAGAAAAGAACUUACAGACAUGCAUGGUUUAACUCUUUAACUCUUUAACAUCAAAACUCUUACCUUCCUUCUGUUCUUUUGUGCUUUCAAAUGACUAACAGGAAUUUCCAGAAAAUUAACAUUUGAACUUAGCUGUCAUUCUAAACUGACCUUUCCUAUGUACUAACUUUUGAUUUCCAUGUGUGGCAUGUUUUCUGAGCGUUCCAACUUUAAAGCAUGGAACAUGCAGGUGAUGUGGAAAGUGUAGGCAGGUCUGAGAAAACGAGCCUGUUUCAGAGGAACAUCAUCACAGCGGAUACUUUCGGAAGCUUAACAAAACUAAUCCUGCUGUCCUUUUUAUUGUUUUUAAUUAAUAUUUUUUGUUUUCAUUAAUAGCAAAAUAUUUUAUGGGUUCGGAAACUUGCAUGAAAAUCUUCUAGCCCCCCUCAGAUGUUCCUGCAGUGUUGAAAUUCAUCCUAUAGAAGUAACCAUAAAACUCUAGAGGUGUAGCUGAGCAGGCGCCAGGGCUGUCAUCAGCAUGGAUCUGACAUUUCAAAACAGUGACUAGUUGAGUCCCUUGUAACAUAGUAGUUGCCUGCUCUUUGUUCACGUGUUAAUGAGGACUGUAAGUCCCUUUUCUUGUGAUUCCUAGGACUUUCCUCAAGAGCUUAGCUGAAUCUCUGGGGGAGUGGGGAGGCCACCAUCCUCACAGGCAGAACUGGAUUCCACCUACUGCUUACCUGAAAUGCAGGAUCACCUACUUACUGUAUUCUACAUUAUUAUAUUACAUAGUAUAAUGAGACAAUAUCAAAAGUAAACAUGUAAUGACAGUACAUAUUAACAUUCUUGUAGGUGUGGUUAUAGAAGCUGAUGCCUCAUUUCUACAUUUUGUCAUUAGCUAUUAUCUAACGUUUCCGUGUAUCCUUACAGAAAUAAAGCAGCAAAUAAAUAA